AUGCGGCAGCGUCCUGGGAACGUCGGACUGCAAGUCUCAGUCGUUUUGUUUGUCCUUUUCUGGGCCUGCCGAGUAUCGGCAACGGGAUGCACGUGCGGCUACCAAGUCGGCGGCGCAACCGACGAAACCUGGCUCUUCACUGAGGCCAUCGAAACGGAUUUUACAAGGCUGAAAACCAUCGCUGCUGCCAAGGACUGGCAGCGUCAAGAGUUCAAUGUAUCUGCAGAAGCUGGGCGCGGCAAAUACUCCAAAUUCUUCACGCCGAAAAAUGUCGCUCUUGGCGUGGCAAACAAGGGCGACUCGGGGAAACAGGCGGGCGUGGAGCUGUCCGUUGGUGCCACAAUCGUCGACGGUGCGGUUCCUGUUGCGGAGAUGGAUACUGCUCGUCACGAUCUCCAAUGGGGCUCUUUUAGAGCAGGCAUAAAGAUGACGUCUAUAAGUGGCACAUGUGCAGCCUUCUUCUGGUAUUUCAACGACACGCAGGAGAUUGACAUGGAAUUCCUGUCUAUGGGAUAUCAUCGGGAGAACAGCACAUACCCUGUCAAUCUUGUGAUACAGUCCAGUGACUCGGCUGCCAGAGGCUAUGAUGCUAGCGGCACUCCGACAUACAAGACUGUAGACCUCGGCUUCGAUCCUUCAGCGGACUUUCACGAAUACCGCUUCGACUACUUGCCAGGUAAAGUAUAUUUUUAUGCAGACAGCAAGUUAUUGGCACAGAUGGAGGGCGCGCAGAUGCCUGACAGCGCCGGGCAUCUUAUUCUCCAACACUGGAGCAACGGCAACGCAAAGUGGUCGGGAGGGCCGCCGAAAGAGGACGCUGCCAUAGUUGUCAGCUACGUCAAGGCAUACUUCAACUCGUCAGACGCCAUGAGAGAGAGUGCUUGGAAGACUGGCUGCAAUUCGUCGCGAGUUGACGCGUGUUUGGUCCUCAACGGGACCUCCGAGAAUGCGACGGAUGGUGGGCAGUUUCUCAACCCAAAUCACACGCAGGAAAAUGGCGAUGAAGGUUUGACGGCUGCCAGAAUGCCCAAAUUGCCUAGCCUAGGCUCUGUACUAGUGCUGUUGAUGUGGCUGGACUUGCUAUGGGGUGAUUAA